AUGACGAGCGAGGAGGAGGAGGGCCCCAGCGUUGCAACAUCCACAGCGGCGACACCGUCAACGGCAACAAUCACCCGGAUAACAGCAGCGACAACAGCCAGGGAGGAUGGCGAUGACGCCAUCACUUCCUCUUUCCCCCACAUAUGUUCCCCGUACCACCUCCCGUGUCCUGAGGAGAAAGAAGAGAAAGAGGAGGAAAUAGAGGAGGAGGGGAUUAUUCAAGAGGAAAGGAUCGAGAAAGUGGAGGAGGAAUGUGAGAGGGAGGAUGAGGAUGAAGAUGACGCCAGCAGUGACACCAGUGUGUUAGUGGUGCCUUACCCCGAGCUCGUACCUGUGGUCUUCUUCUGCCUCAAGCAAACGACCUGCCCUCGCAGCCUGUGCAUCCGCAUGGUCACCAGCCCGUGGUUCGAACGCGUCAGUAUGAUGGUGAUCCUGCUGAACUGUGUGACCCUGGGAAUGUACCAGCCCUGUGAGAACAUCGACUGCUCCUCUGACCAAUGCCAAGUUCUGUCGGCCUUUGAUGCUUUUAUCUACAUCUUCUUUGCUAUGGAGAUGGUUAUAAAGAUGGUCGCGCUGGGAAUCUUUGGUCACCGCUGUUACCUCGGGGACACGUGGAACCGACUGGAUUUCUUUAUCGUCAUGGCGGGGAUGAUUGAAUACUCUCUGGACCUGCAGAACAUCAACUUCACAGCCAUCAGAACAGUGAGAGUACUCCGGCCGCUCAAAGCAAUUAACAGGGUGCCAAGCAUGCGUAUCCUGGUGAACCUGCUGCUCGACACUCUCCCCAUGCUGGGCAACGUCCUCCUCCUCUGCUUCUUUGUCUUUUUCAUCUUUGGCAUCAUCGGGGUGCAGCUGUGGGCGGGGCUGCUGAGGAACAGAUGCUACCUGCAGGAGAACUUCACACUCACCACCGGCAUCAGUCUGCCUCGGCCGUACUACAUGGCCGACGAGGAUGACGAGCGGCCCUUCAUCUGCUCCCUGCCGGUCGACAACGGCAUCAUGUCCUGCUCUGACGUCCCGGCGCGCCGCGAGGGAGGGAAGUCCUGCUGCCUGGACAAAGACGACGUGCUCUACCGCCAGUCGCUGGGCCUGAGUCCCGAACCUCUGGUCAAUGGCAGCGUCAGUGUCGCCGGACUCUGUGUCAACUGGAACCAGUACUACACCAGGUGUCACACCGGAUACAGAAACCCCCACAAAGGAGCCAUCAACUUUGACAACAUCGCCUAUGCCUGGAUCGUCAUUUUCCAGGUGAUCACACUGGAGGGCUGGGUGGAGAUCAUGUACUACGUGAUGGACGCACACUCGUUCUACAACUUCAUCUACUUCAUCUUACUCAUCAUCGUCGGCUCCUUCUUCAUGAUCAACCUGUGCCUGGUCGUCAUCGCCACCCAAUUCUCAGAGACCAAGCAGCGAGAGCAUCAGCUGAUGCAGGAGCAGCGAGCGCAGUUCUCAUCCUCCUCGACCCUCGCCAGUGAACCAGGAGACUGCUACGAAGCCGUUUUCCAGCUGGUCUGCCACCUUCUCCGCAAGGCCAAGAGACAGACCAUCACCUUUUUCAACACCUUGCGAGGGAAACCGCGGGGCUUCCGGGGAGUCGGUAGAGGAGGCGGAGGAAGGAGGGAGAGGAAGGCCAAUGGACGGGGAGGACGUGAGAGGAGAGCGAUGUUGAGGCACGGUCCACCCUGCCCUCACCACAACAGACCUGACCACGCCUCAUCUGGACAACCCAUGGCCCUCACUGCCACUUCGGCAUCCGAUGGUUGCCAUCGAUGUGCUGCAGCCUUAUCGGUCGCCGACGGCGUCGGACCACUACGCAGUGCAGCCGGUGGAGAAUCGGAGGAGGCGGCGGUGGAGGAAACCGACAGGGAGGGGGCAAACGACAAGAACGAGUGCACAAAGAGCCAAGACGGCGCUGGGAGCAGUGGAUGCUGUCGUCCCAAGAAGCGAUGCGAUGAGCUGUGGUACGACGUUAGGAUGAAGCUGUGGAGCAUUGUGGAGAGCAAGUACUUUAACCGAGGCAUCAUGAUUGCCAUCCUUAUCAACACCAUCAGUAUGGGCAUCGAACACCAUGAGCAGCCAGAGGAGCUCACCAAUGUUUUGGAGAUCUGCAACAUCGUCUUCACCAGCAUGUUCUCCCUGGAGAUGAUCCUCAAACUCACAGCUUUUGGUUCGUUCAGCUACCUGCGAAAUCCCUAUAACGUGUUUGAUGGAGUGAUCGUCAUCAUAAGUGUGUGUGAGAUUGUCGGCCAGUCUGACGGCGGCUUGUCAGUGCUGAGGACCUUCAGGUUGCUGAGGGUGCUGAAGCUGGUGAGGUUCAUGCCUGCUCUGAGGAGACAGCUGGUGGUCCUCAUGAAGACCAUGGACAAUGUGGCCACCUUCUGCAUGCUGCUCAUGCUCUUCAUCUUCAUCUUCAGUAUCUUGGGGAUGCACAUCUUUGGUUGUAAGUUUAGUCUGAAGACGGAGACUGGUGACACAGUACCCGAUAGGAAAAAUUUUGACUCCCUCUUAUGGGCCAUUGUCACUGUUUUCCAGAUUCUGACCCAGGAGGACUGGAACGUGGUUUUGUACAACGGUAUGGCAGCUACUUCACCAUUUGCAGCCCUUUACUUUGUGGCCCUGAUGACCUUUGGAAACUACGUCCUCUUCAACCUUCUGGUCGCCAUUUUGGUUGAAGGCUUUCAGGCAGAGGGUGAUGCUAAUCGUUCUUAUUCAGACGAUGACCGGUCUUCUUCCAACUUUGACGAAAGCGAGAGACACGACUCCAUAAAGCUGUCUGACCCAAGGAUCUGUACCUUGACGCCUAACGGCCACCUGGAGCUUGGGGCUCUUUCUGGAACCAGAGGGUCCUAUUCCUCGGAGAGGCGGAGCUUCACCAUGGAGUCCAGGAAGAGCAGCGUGAUGAGCCUGGGCAAGAGCAGCCUGGAGAGACGCUCCCUCUCUCUGCGCCAUGGGCGUAGUUCCAACUAUCACAACUGGGGGCGCCCUUACCAUCCACAGUCUACGUGGAGCCGCAGGUCUAGCUCGAACAGCCUAGGCCGGAGGAGCUACAGGUUUGGUGGUGCUCCUCUUGUCGGUGGCAGCCUCCGUGUGCACAGCACCCGCAGCCCCCACUCCCACACCUAUGCCGCCGAGCAGGAGUCCCUUCUCUCCCAUCCACCGCACUCCCAUCAUCCUCUACUGCCUCAUCAUCCACCUCCACCCCCGCUGUUUCUCUCGAGGCACUCCGCUGCGAGGAUGGAUCGACGAGCUCUUUCCCUGGAGCUGCCAGAGCUGCUGCGGGCAGGCGGACAGGCCCCGGGCCCUCCUCCUGUUCAUCCAGACCCUGGAAGGAGGAACGGGUCGGGGGCAGGGGGAUCCAUCACUGGAGGAUCUGGGCUCAGUAGUGGCUUAGGAGUGGACCACCGGGACUGUAAUGGCAAAGCAUCGGGGCCCCUCAUCCAGCUCAUGACUGAGGUUUUCCCUCAAGUCAAUGCACGCAAGGACAGAACAGACCUUGAUGAAGAGACGGACUAUAGUCUGUGCUUCCGUGUCCAGAAGAUGACGGAGGUGUACAAGCCAGACUGGUGUGAAACCAGAGAGGCGUGGUCUGUUUAUCUGUUCUCACCACAGAACAAGUUCAGAAUUCUCUGCCAGUCCAUCAUUGCCCAUAAGCUUUUUGACUAUGUGGUCCUGGCUUUCAUCUUCCUCAACUGCAUCACCGUGGCUCUGGAGAGACCCAGGAUUCUGCAGGGAAGCCUGGAACGACUGUUUCUCACCGUUUCCAACUACAUCUUUACGGCCAUUUUUGUUACAGAGAUGACUGUCAAGGUGGUGUCCAUGGGUCUCUACCUGGGUGAGAAGGCCUAUCUGAGGAGCAGCUGGAACAUUCUAGACGGUUUCCUGGUCUUCGUCUCUUUGAUAGACAUCGUGGUGUCCAUGGCGGGUGGAGCUAAGAUCCUGGGGGUGCUGCGCGUUCUCAGGCUGCUCAGAACAUUGCGUCCUCUCAGGGUGAUCAGCCGGGCUCCAGGGUUAAAGCUGGUAGUUGAGACGCUCAUCACGUCCCUCAAGCCAAUCGGCAACAUCGUCCUCAUCUGCUGCGCCUUCUUCAUCAUCUUUGGCAUCCUUGGUGUCCAGCUCUUCAAAGGAAAGUUCUUCUACUGUGUGGGCUUCGACGUGAAGAACAUCACUAACAAAUCCGACUGUCUGGCUGCUAACUAUCGAUGGAUUCACCACAAGUACAACUUUGACAACCUCGGACAGGCUCUGAUGUCCUUGUUUGUGCUGGCCUCCAAAGAUGGAUGGGUUAACAUCAUGUACCAUGGUCUGGAUGCUGUGGGGAUCGACCAGCAGCCUCUGACCAACAACAAUCCCUGGAUGCUGCUCUAUUUCAUCUCCUUCCUCCUGAUCGUCAGCUUCUUCGUCCUCAAUAUGUUCGUGGGCGUGGUGGUGGAGAACUUCCACAAGUGUCGGCAGCACCAGGAGGUGGAGGAGGCCAAGCGGCGCGAGGAGAAGCGCCAGCGUCGCAUGGAGAAGAAAAGGAGAAAGGCCCAGAAGCUGCCUUACUAUGCAUCUUACGGCCGCGCCCGCUUGGCGAUCCACACGCUGUGCACCAGCCACUAUCUGGAUUUAGUCAUCACCUUCAUCAUCUGCAUCAAUGUCAUCACCAUGUCCCUGGAGCACUACAGCCAGCCACAGUCUUUGGAGACGACGCUCAAGUACUGCAACUACUUCUUCACCUCCACCUUCGUGAUUGAAGCCACCCUGAAAUUGGUUGCCUUCGGGUUCCGACGCUUCUUUAAAGACAGGUGGAACCAGUUGGACCUGGCCAUUGUGCUGCUGUCAGUGAUGGGCAUCACUCUGGAAGAGAUUGAGAUCAACGCCUCCCUCCCAAUCAACCCCACCAUCAUCAGGAUCAUGAGGGUGCUCAGAAUUGCACGAGUGUUGAAGCUGUUGAAGAUGGCGACGGGGAUGAGAGCGCUGCUUGACACUGUGGUCCAGGCUCUUCCUCAGGUGGGAAAUCUGGGUCUGCUCUUCAUGUUGCUGUUCUUCAUCUACGCUGCUCUGGGAGUGGAGCUGUUUGGAGAGCUGGUGUGUAACGCUGACUACCCAUGCGAGGGAAUGAGCCGCCACGCCACCUUCGAAAACUUCGGAAUGGCCUUCCUCACGCUCUUCCAGGUUUCCACUGGUGACAACUGGAAUGGCAUCAUGAAGGACACACUGAGGGAGUGUCCACCGGGCCGCCCGGGCGGUGACUACGGCUGCCACGCUGGACUACAGUUCAUCUCGCCGUUGUACUUCGUGUCCUUCGUGCUCACGGCUCAGUUCGUCCUGAUAAACGUGGUUGUGGCCGUGCUCAUGAAGCAUCUGGACGAUUCCAACAAGGAGGCGCAGGAGGACGCCGAGAUGGACGCCGAGAUCGAGCUGGAGCUGGCUCAGGGAGGCCUCUGCUGCAUGAUGGGAAACAUCGGAGCCAUCGCCGGGGCCACGGGCGGCGCCGCGGGCGGGCCAGGCGUGGGCGGAAUGGUCUCCGGUGCUCCGAUGGCAGCGGGGACAGUCGGCGGUCCGGGUGGUUUGGUGAUCGCACCGCUGCGAGAGGGAGGAGAAGGUGGAGCGGCUCAUGAUGGACGCACGCAUCAUCAGUGUCGGCUCUAUUCUCCAGCACAGGAGAGCCAGUGGUUGGACAGUGUGUCUCUGCUUAUUAAGGACUCAUUGGAAGGAGACAUGAUUGACAACCUGUCCGGUUCAGUUUUCCACCACUACUGCUCUCCUCCCGUCUGUAAGGACUGCAAGAGUCACCCACAAGAGAUCCGACUGGCGGAGGUGGAGCAGGCGUCUCUCAUGUCGGAGCAGCUGUCAGACAAGUCGUCGUCUCCAGCGCUGCCUGAUGACCUCAGCCUUGACGAACACAGCAACUACCAGCUGCUGGUCAGAGACAGCCAGAUGGGCAGCAGUGACUCCCACAGUUCAGAGGAGCUGUCCACUCGGGUGGGCUACAGGGGGCUUCGUCCGUCCAGUUCUGGGAGUGAGGACGGGGUCCGGGAGUUGUUUGAGGUGGGCGUCCAUCAUCAGGUGAAACCUCCUUUGUUGGAGCAGAGGAGUCCCGCACAUGUCACAGAUAAUGAUGGAGAAAGCUGCUGUGGAGGUGGUGGCAGGUCUUCGCCUCUCUUCCAUCUACCAGCAGACUUCUUUCAUCCAGCUGCCGCAGCUCAUCCAGGGAGUCCUGGGAACAGUGUUGGCCCAGGAGACAGAGGGCCGUCAAUGUUGGCCUCCCCAGCCUCGUGGGCCUCCCUACGCUCACCGGGAGCCAACAGCAGACCCCUGAGCUCUCAGCACCCAUCCCACAGUGACUCCUCCCUGGCCACGGGCAGUUCGGAGGGUAGCCUGCAGACCACUCUGGAGGAGGGUCUCAGCUUCAGCGUCUCCCCGCACCGGGACCUGGACCUCCCAGUGCCUCUCCUCUGCCCUCUACCCACCCACCACUUACAUCCCCAGGAACCAGUCUCAGGAGACCAGGGCAAUGCUUUAGUUAAGAGACGCAGUAAUACUGUUUCCCUCAAAGCCACCAGGGGGCACCAGAGGAGCCAAAGCAGCUGUGGAGGUGGCAGCACCAGCCCAGGCUGUCCCCGUCAAGACUCCAUGGACCCUUCGGAUGAGGAUGUGGGUACUGGGACAGGUGGAGAUAGCUGCCGCCAGACUUUUAACAGUGAACACUUAUCGGACACACUGAUCAGCCUCUCACUGACGUCUCUGCUCACGCCCGGUUCUCUGGCACCCCAGUUGAUCAAGAAAUGUAACAGCACAGGUUCUCUGGACCAAACCAAUCUGUCCACGCGGAGCAAAGAUGGACGCCACGUCUAUGGUGUAGAUGCUCAUGGUUACUUGUCCCAUCCCUGGACGGAAGGAAGGGCAAGAGGCACAGAGGAAGACAGUGAUGUAACAGGUUUCAACAUGGAAAGCAGCAGCCAACCCACAGACACAACCUUGAGGAAGAAUAGAUGAAAACACUUGUCCGUCUGUCUGUAGUUGACCUAUUUAUCAAUUUGCAUUCCCGGAUCGUCCGGACCUUGAGAGAGGUAGAACUGGGAGAGACAUGUGAAAUUGUCCUGUGAAACCAUUUCUGGAAUUCUCUCGUCUUUCAGUCGUCUGUUCUCUCUCUCUUCUUGGAUGUGGCUGCUCGGGAUCAGUCGUUUCUCACAAAAAAAAAAAAUCUCCUCUGAGAUUGGACAUCCUCCCCUUUCCACAGGAUGUGUGUUUUCAGUAUGAAGGGACUUAACAAUAAUGACAAGAGGCUUAGCCUUUUACAGUUACCAGGAGUCAGCCUGGCAGUCCAGGGCUUCACAUUUGAGCCAUGCUGAAAUGCAGAAUAUUUGGAAAGCCAUUGGAGGGGCGGGACUGGAAACCUGCAGUGAUGGACAAACAUUUCAGAAAGUGAUGUUAUUUUGAUGAAACUGCAAAAAAAAAAAAUUUCAUUUUCUCUAAGGAACAGGGCUUGUUUGACCCACCGUGCCGUCAACCUUUGUGCAAAAACAGUGUUGUCAGUAUUGAAAAGAUGGCUAACCCUGAUGUUUCUUUUGAGGAAGAACUGAACUUUGUACAGUUGUUUGUUUGUUUGUUUGUUUGUUUUGUCUGUUUUGUCUGUUUUGUCAAAUCCAUCAGUAAAAGUAGCAUCAACCUUUUUAGCAGAUUGGGUGGGUAAAAGAAUAUCAGAAAAGGAAAAAUAUUUUUUUUUCCGUGUUCUUUUCCAACUUUGGUGUACCGAAUGUAGACAUGUCUGUCUCCGUUCUCCGAGAGGGAGCCCAGGUAAGAGCGAGCAGCCUGAUAGUCUGAAAAUUGACAAAAGGGCCUCUUUGAAUAGAAGGGAUGGAAAUGUGAAUGCUGCUGAGAAUACAUGUGGGUUGUUAGUGGAAGUGUUGGCCACUUUGAGAGUGGACCCUUUGUGCUUUCUACUUCCCCAUGAAAGGGCUAAAAUGUAUUGAGUGCAGACCUGGGCCAAAUUCUAUUGUCAAAAAAUUCUUUGCUAUGUAAAACAGCGUUUGAAAGAAGUCUUUAAAAAACUAAAAAAGGUGUGCCCAUUAUUUUUAAAGACCUUUUCUGAUGGUAACAAGGCAAAUGUGUCAUAGAGAUGUCUUGGAAGACAGAUCAGACAGAUUAGUGAGAAUAAAAUAUAAUAUAUUUCCUGUAUUUAACCAUUUUAAACACAAAAAUAAUUUCAGUAAAAAACAUUCUCAGCCUACAUGAUAAGUAGGUUUUCUACGGGUCAAAAUUACACUUACUUAAAAGAGGGGAUAAAUGGAAUAUUUCACAGUACAAUACAAAUGUAUUUUCCAAAUUUCCUUAACUCAUUCUUUUGUGCAGCUCACAUGCAGCAUCUUUAUCAGGCAGAUGAAUGAAUGAAUUUGUCUUCCUUUUGUUUAAGUUUUCUUGAAGUUUCCCUCUUGUCUGAGAGGCUUCUUCAGUUCAAACUGACUCGUGGCGAUGCCCAGAUAUUUACGCUUUGACAGUUUGCUCCAUGAAAACUCAAGAAAGUCCAAUAUGAAGAUAUGAAGAAACCAUAACUUGGAUGAGUAUGGACCUUUACAAACAUCUUCCUCAAAGAUACUUCCUUUUUACCAAUUCACAAUGACCCUGGCAAUUUAAAAAUCACAGUGGCACAAUGGCACUCAUGCUAAUAUAAGUGCUAAAACACAUCCCACUGUUAAGGGCAGCCAAAACCAUGCCAAGACAACACGCGGCCAGGCUGCUAAGACAGGCAAAAACAAAGCUAUGUAGCCUAUGUAAAGUAUAUGUAAGCAUGUUAAAAGUCCACUUAGCAAUGCUAACGCUAGCACAAGUUUGGCUACGUCCGGCACCAUAACACAACUCACCUCAUGUCAACAAACCAAGGAGGCACUUUGUUUUUCCUGUCUACACAUACACUGUGAAAACUGGAGUUUUCCAAAAUUUCCGAAAACCCUAACCCACGGCGGUUUCUGUGUGUUUAAAAUCCAAAACCCACAGUUUAAGCUAGGCUUUCAAAACUACCAGCCUACAUGUGGACUGGGCCUAGUUAAAGCUAACGUUAGCUGCUUGGGUUAGCUUUGGACAUGCAACGAUGCUAGCAGCACCACAAAGGACAUCCAUCAAAACUCUGAACAGUAUAGAAUUUAUGAAGGUAAGACUACAACUUUAUUUAUGUUGGAGUGCUUUCUUUUUAGCUAACAUCAAGCUGUCUCAAGCUUUUCCUCUUGUUAAAUUUGCCAAAACAUACUAACACGUGCUAUUCACGUUAUAUAUAUAUAUAAAUAUAUAUAGAAAGAUACCAAUGUUAAAGGUUGCUAAGGUUCGUAUGGUCACCUUACCAUCAGAAUACCUGGGACUGGGAGUGGGAUUUUGUUUUCUUUCUGCUUUAAACCCAAAUAAUUAUUUGACUCAGGUCUGCUUGACUGUAGCAAGAUAUUAGAACUUCACCUGAGACUGUGGCAAGUUGGUGUAAUCUGUCAUUUUGACCCAACGUAAUGAGCUGUCAUUAUGAUUUAGUUAUAAUCUUUAACAUCUACUGUAGGUACAGUUGGACUUUUAUGCACUUCAUAGAGGUAAAUAUACUAGAGCCUGACAAAUGUGUUCUUUUUUUGAAUGAUAUUGGUAAAAAAAAAGCAGAGUGGUUAUAAAACCCUUAAGAGCUCCCUUCCAUUAUCUAUACUACUUAUAUGAUAAUUGGAUGGUGACCUGGAACUAUCAUAGGUGAUAUAAAUUUAAUUAUAAAGAACUGUAAAUGAAGAGAAAACACAAACACAUAGUAUUCAAAUUAAGCAAAUCAACUAAAUGGAUAAAAUGUAUGUAAAACAUCUUUUCCACAUUGCAAACAUCUGCAAAACAAAUCAUAGCAAUAAUAUAAAUAAUAAUAACAAUAGCAUAAAUGACACGGUUUCAAAUUGUGUUUUGCUGCAUUGUUUAUUCUGAGCAACACAAGUUUUUGAAAGGCUCAUACGGGCCUAAUUUUUAUUACUGAACCGAUAAAUUGGUCAGGCUCUAGCAUCAACAAUAAAUAUGUACAUGUCACGUGCACAAACAGCCACACACAAAGAUGUCACUGUCAAAAACACUGCAGCGUGUCUCUGUCUGCAGCUGUGAGACGAGACAGAAAAGAGACCCCGGUGUUUAUUUGACACUUUGUCAUCAUUCUUAUUCUCAUUGACUUACAUUAUCUCCCCUUCGCAGGGAAUCCAGAGUAUAAAAUGACUAUUGACGACCCUCCUCUAUUUGAGAUAUGCAAUAUGCUACAGUAGAUGUACAGAUAGAUGUAUGAGACUCGUAUAGAUAGGCAAUAUGGUGAGAGAAGAUUAUAUUUAUGAAUUCAUGUGUUAGAAUAAAAUGUCACAGAGAUUCAAAGGUCACUGAAAGGAUGAUGAUGUAUUCAUGUAUUCUACAGUGUUGGCGUGUGUGUUUUCUCUUUUUUCCCCCUUCCAUCUCCCCAGCCUGAUUUUCUUCCUCCAAAAUGCAUGUGGGUUUGUAUUUUUUCCCCUGUUUUCUUAAUGUCAUUCUAGUGUCAUAUAAAAGUGAGAUAGAUUUUCAACUA